AUGCCAAGCGAUGAAGUAGAUGCAGCCACCAUCAACCUGACGGAUGACAGUCUGCUGGAUGAAGAGGAGAUGCCAGAAGACGGACAAGCUCCAGCCAACAAAAAAGCAGCUGGUCAAUCGUACACCCUUGGUGGUGGUUACAAUGCUCUCAAGUCCUUCAAUGGCCAGUAUUAUUCCGGCAUGGCGGUCGGCGGAUCUCACACCUGGAACUACGACGGCGGAGUGUGGCACGAGACCAAGGAGGAACCAGACUUGUGGAAGAUAGACUACAAGACAACCAAGAGGAGGGCGAGGAAGGCUCCGGAAAAGAGCGGUGCGCCGGUAGGGACUGAGUAUCACUGGCUAAUCGUUGCACAUCAGCAUGUCCGGAAAAUAGAUGCAAAUACAUACGAAACGCAUCUUGAGGGAUCAAAGUAUAAGCUUGCCCACAAAGGCGCAACGUCCAACACAUGGUCAAUCCCCACAGUCAAGGGACAGCGCGAUCGCCAGCUGGAGUUGUUAGAAGACGCCAAGCGACGUGUGCAGGGGCUACCGCCCGUGCUGGGUAGCGAAAAGGUCAAAGUGAAGACAGACGAAAAGGGACAGCAGAAGCUGGAAGACCUGUUCUCAAAAGGAAAUACAGGCGAAGGCGGUGGUAAGCGAAAGAGGGAUCAGCCGUAA